GUUCCGGGAGAGGCGCAGGACUGCUGCUGCCUCUGCGCUGGCGGACCCGGGCAGCCAUGGUCUCAGACGAAGAUGAGUUGAAUCUUCUAGUUAUCAUAGUUGAUACCAACCCAAUUUGGUGGGGAAAGCAAGCAUUAAAGGAAUCUCAGUUUACUUUAUCAAAAUGCAUAGAUGCAGUGAUGGUGCUGGGAAAUUCUCAUUUAUUCAUGAAUCGGUUCAACAAACUCGCUGUGAUAGCAAGUCACAUUCAAGAAAGUCGAUUCUUAUAUCCUGGGAAGAAUGACAGACUUGGAGAUUUCUUCGGAGACGCUGGCAACCCUCCUUCUGAAUUUAAUCCCUCAGGGAGUAAAGAUGGAAAAUACGAGUUGUUAACAGCAGCCAAUGAAGUUAUUGUUGAAGAGAUCAAAGAUCUAAUGACCAAGAGUGACAUAAAGGGUCAACAUACAGAAACUCUGCUGGCAGGAUCCCUUGCCAAAGCUCUCUGCUACAUUCAUAGAAUGAACAAGGAGGUUAAAGAUAAUCAGGAAAUGAAAUCAAGGAUAUUGGUGAUUAAGGCUGCAGAAGACAGUGCAUUGCAGUAUAUGAACUUCAUGAAUGUCAUCUUCGCAGCACAGAAACAGAAUAUUUUGAUUGAUGCCUGUGUUUUAGACUCCGACUCAGGACUUCUCCAACAGGCUUGCGACAUCACAGGGGGACUGUACCUGAAGGUGCCUCAGAUGCCCUCCCUUCUGCAGUAUUUACUGUGGGUUUUUCUUCCUGAUCAAGAUCAGAGAUCUCAGUUAAUCCUCCCACCCCCAAUUCAUGUUGACUACCGGGCUGCUUGCUUCUGUCAUCGAAAUCUCAUUGAAAUUGGCUAUGUCUGUUCUGUGUGCUUGUCGAUAUUCUGCAAUUUCAGCCCUAUCUGCACUACGUGCGAGACAGCCUUUAAGAUUUCUCUACCUCCUGUACUGAAGGCCAAGAAAAAGAAACUGAAAGUGUCUGCAUGAUAAUAAACUUUUCCCCAUCCUUUAGAGCUAUUAAUAAAAAUUAUAUGGUGGAGUCUUUGUUGGGAAGGCUCUG